UUCAAACCGGAGUGGAAGCGCUCUCCUAACCGACGAACGUCUGUGGAGACGCGGCUCGUUCCGUGAUUGUCUCAAAGGUCCCGUCGGCUUUGUCGCUUGCAGGGUUCUCGAGUGCCUUCACGACCGUCACCAUGGAGGUGUCGCCACUGCAGCCUGUAAAUGACAAUAUGCAAGUCAACAAAACAAAGAAAAAUGAAGAUGCUAAGAAAAGACUGUCUAUUGAAAGAAUCUAUCAAAAGAAGACACAACUGGAACAUAUUCUGCUCCGCCCAGACACCUACAUUGGCUCUGUGGAAUCAGUGACCCAGCAAAUGUGGGUUUACGAUGAAGAUAUUGGCAUUAACUGUAGGGAAGUCACUUUUGUUCCUGGUUUGUACAAAAUCUUUGAUGAGAUUCUAGUCAAUGCUGCAGACAACAAACAAAGAGACCCAAAAAUGUCUUGUAUUAGAGUCACAAUUGACCCGGAGAAUAAUUUAAUUAGUAUAUGGAAUAAUGGAAAAGGUAUUCCUGUUGUUGAACACAAAGUUGAGAAGAUGUAUGUCCCAGCUCUCAUCUUUGGACAGCUCCUAACUUCUAGUAACUAUGAUGAUGAAGAAAAGAAAGUAACAGGUGGUCGAAAUGGCUAUGGAGCCAAAUUGUGUAACAUAUUCAGUACCAAAUUUACUGUGGAAACAGCCAGUAGAGAAUACAAGAAAAUGUUCAAACAGACAUGGAUGGAUAACAUGGGGAGAGCUGGUGAGAUGGAACUCAGGCCCUUUAGUGGAGAAGAUUAUACAUGUAUUACCUUCCACCCUGAUUUGUCUAAGUUUAAAAUGCAAAGCCUAGACAAAGAUAUUGUUGCACUGAUGGUUAGAAGAGCGUAUGAUAUUGCUGGAUCCACUAAAGAUGUCAAGGUCUUUCUCAAUGGAAAUAAGCUUCCAAUAAAAGGAUUCCGUAGCUAUGUAGAUAUGUAUCUGAAGGAUAAGGUAGAUGAAACUGGCAAUCCACUGAAAAUUAUCCAUGAACAAGUAAACCCCAGGUGGGAAGUGUGUUUAACAAUGAGUGAAAAAGGCUUUCAACAAAUCAGCUUUGUCAACAGCAUUGCUACUUCCAAGGGUGGCAGACAUGUUGAUUAUGUAGCUGAUCAGAUUGUGACUAAACUUGUUGAUGUUGUGAAGAAAAAGAACAAGGGUGGUGUUGCAGUAAAAGCACAUCAGGUAAAAAAUCACAUGUGGAUUUUUGUGAAUGCCUUAAUUGAAAACCCAACCUUCGACUCCCAGACAAAAGAGAACAUGACUUUACAAGUCAAGAGCUUUGGAUCAACAUGCCAACUGAGUGAAAAAUUCAUCAAAGCUGCAACUGGCUGUGGUAUUGUAGAAAGCAUACUAAAUUGGGUGAAAUUUAAGGCCCAAGUCCAGUUAAACAAGAAGUGUUCAGCUGUAAAACAUAACAGAAUCAAAGGAAUUCCCAAACUUGAUGAUGCCAAUGAUGCAGGAGGCCGAAACUCCACUGAGUGUACACUUAUCCUGACAGAGGGAGACUCAGCUAAAACUUUGGCUGUUUCAGGCCUUGGUGUGGUUGGGAGAGACAAGUACGGGGUUUUCCCCCUAAGAGGAAAAAUGCUUAAUGUUCGAGAAGCUUCUCAUAAGCAGAUAAUGGAAAAUGCUGAAAUUAACAAUAUAAUCAAGAUUGUGGGUCUUCAGUACAAGAAAAACUAUGAAGAUGAAGAUUCAUUGAAGACUCUGCGUUACGGGAAGAUAAUGAUUAUGACAGAUCAGGACCAAGACGGUUCCCAUAUCAAAGGCUUGCUGAUUAAUUUUAUCCAUCAUAACUGGCCCUCUCUUCUGCGACAUCGUUUUCUGGAGGAAUUUAUCACUCCCAUUGUAAAGGUGUCUAAAAACAAGCAAGAAGUGGCAUUCUAUAGCCUUCCUGAGUUUGAAGAAUGGAAGAGUUCUACGCCAAAUCAUAAAAAAUGGAAAGUCAAGUAUUACAAAGGUUUGGGCACCAGCACAUCAAAAGAAGCUAAAGAGUACUUUGCAGAUAUGAAAAGACAUCGUAUCCAAUUCAAAUAUUCAGGUCCUGAAGAUGAUGCUGCAAUCAGCCUGGCCUUUAGCAAAAAACAGAUAGAUGAUCGAAAGGAAUGGUUAACUCAUUUCAUGGAAGAUAGAAGGCAACGAAAGUUACUUGGCCUUCCUGAGGAUUACUUAUAUGGGCAAACUACCACGUAUCUGACAUACAAUGACUUCAUAAACAAGGAACUUAUCCUGUUCUCAAAUUCUGAUAAUGAGAGGUCUAUCCCAUCUAUGGUGGAUGGUUUGAAACCAGGUCAGAGAAAGGUUUUGUUUACAUGUUUCAAACGGAAUGACAAGCGAGAGGUGAAGGUUGCCCAGUUAGCUGGGUCAGUAGCUGAGAUGUCCUCUUAUCAUCAUGGUGAGAUGUCACUAAUGAUGACCAUUAUCAAUUUGGCUCAGAACUUUGUGGGUAGCAAUAAUCUGAACCUCUUGCAGCCCAUUGGUCAGUUUGGUACCAGGCUGCAUGGUGGCAAGGAUUCUGCUAGUCCUCGAUACAUCUUCACAAUGCUCAGCCCUUUGGCUCGGUUGUUAUUUCCACCAAAAGAUGAUCACACGUUAAAGUUUUUAUAUGAUGACAACCAACGUGUUGAGCCUGAAUGGUACAUUCCUAUUAUACCCAUGGUGCUGGUAAAUGGCGCUGAAGGAAUUGGUACUGGCUGGUCCUGCAAAAUCCCCAACUUUGAUGUUCGUGAAGUUGUGAAUAAUAUCAGACGUUUGAUGGAUGGAGAAGAACCUUUGCCAAUGCUUCCAAGUUACAAGAACUUCAAGGGUACUAUUGAAGAGCUGGCUCCAAAUCAAUAUGUGAUUAGUGGUGAAGUGGCUAUUCUUAAUUCUACAACCAUUGAAAUCUCAGAGCUUCCCAUCAGAACAUGGACCCAGACAUAUAAAGAACAGGUUCUAGAACCCAUGUUGAAUGGCACUGAGAAGACACCCCCUCUGAUAACAGAUUAUAGGGAAUACCACACAGACACCACUGUGAAGUUUGUUGUGAAGAUGACUGAAGAAAAACUGGCAGAGGCAGAGAGAGUUGGACUACACAGAGUCUUCAAACUCCAAACUAGUCUCACAUGCAACUCUAUGGUGCUUUUUGACCACGUAGGCUGUUUAAAGAAAUACGACACAGUGUUGGAUAUUCUAAGAGACUUCUUUGAACUCAGGCUUAAAUAUUAUGGAUUAAGAAAAGAGUGGCUUCUAGGAAUGCUUGGUGCUGAAUCUGCUAAACUGAAUAAUCAGGCUCGCUUUAUCUUAGAGAAAAUAGAUGGCAAAAUAAUCAUCGAAAACAAGCCUAAGAAAGAAUUAAUUAAAGUUCUGAUUCAAAGAGGCUAUGAUUCGGAUCCUGUGAAGGCUUGGAAAGAAGCCCAGCAAAAGGUUCCAGAUGAAGAAGAAAAUGAAGAGAGUGACAAUGAAAAGGAAACUGAAAAGAGAGACUCUGUAACAGAUUCUGGACCAACCUUCAACUACCUUCUUGAUAUGCCUCUUUGGUAUCUAACCAAGGAAAAGAAAGAUGAACUGUGCAAACUAAGAAAUGAAAAAGAGCAAGAGCUAGAAACAUUAAAGAGAAAGAGUCCAUCAGAUUUGUGGAAAGAAGAUUUGGCUGCUUUUAUUGAAGAGCUGGAGGCUGUUGAAGCAAAGGAGAAACAAGAUGAACAAAUAGGACUUCCUGGGAAAGGUGGGAAAGCAAAGGGGAAAAAAACACAAAGGGCAGAAGUUUUGCCUUCUCCAUGUGGAAAAAGAGUCAUCCCCCAAGUGACCAUAGAGAUGAAAGCAGAGGCAGAAAAGAAAAUUAAAAAAAAAAUUAAGAAUGAAAAUACUGAAGGAAGCCCUCAAGAGGAUGGGAUGGAAAUAGAAGGCUUAAAACAGAGAUUAGAAAAGAAACAGAAAAGAGAACCAGGUACCAAGACAAAGAGACAAACUACAUUGCCAUUUAAACCAGUCAAGAAAGCCAAAAAAAGAAACCCCUGGUCUGAUUCAGAAUCAGAUAUGAGCAGUAACGAAAGUAAUUUUGAUGUCCCUCCCCGAGAAAAAGAGCCACGGAGAGCAGCAACAAAAACCAAAUUCACAAUGGAUUUGGAUUCAGAUGAAAAUUUCUCAGAUUUUGAUGAAAACAGUCAAGAUGAAGAUUUUGUCCCAUCAGAUGCUAGUCCACCUAGGACCAAAACUUCCCCAAAACAUACUAACAAAGAACUGAAGCCACAGAAAAGUGCCACAUCAGAAACGGACCUUAAUGAUGAUGAUGCCAAGGAUAAUGUACCACUUCCUCCAAGCUCUCCUGCUGCUGAUUUCCCAGCUUUAACUAAAACCAUAAACCCUGUUCCUAAAAAGAAUGUGACAGUGAAGAAGACAGCAGCAAAAAGUCAGUCUUCCACCUCUACUACAGGGGCCAAAAAAGGGGCUGCACCAAAAAGAACCAAAAAGGAUCCAGACUUGGAUUCUGAUGUCUCUAAAAAGCCUAAUCCCCCCAAAACCAAGAGUCGCCGCAAAAGGAAGCUGUCCACUUCUGAUGAUUCUGACUCUAAUUUUGAGAAAAUGAUUUCUAAAACAGUCACAAGCAAGAAACCCAAGGAGGACAGCGAUGACUUCCAUCUGGACUUAGACUCAGCUGUGGCUUCUCGGGCAAAAUCUGGACGGACAAAGAAACCUAUAAAGUACCUCGAAGAAUCAGAUGAAGAUGAUCUGUUUUAAAAUGGGAGGUGAUUAUUUUAAGUAAUUGUCUUAUUGACCCCAAGACUGGUUUUAAAGUUACGUGAAUCUCUCAGUUUCCUCCCCUCUGAAUUUAGUUUGGGGAAGGUAGUUUUAAUUCAGAACCAUCAAAGUGAAGUAGAGCCCAAGUGUCCCUUAUCUUUAUAUAAUACUGUCUAAGUAGUGACCAUCUCGUGGGAUUGUUUUUUUCUCUGCUUUGUAUAUGUAUUGAGUCUGUUUUCUUUUGCCUUUUAAAUCUGAUUUUAGGUUCUUCUGGCCUGUAGAGACAGUUGUGUGGUCACUUCAGCAUAAUGUAGUUUGACCACUCAUUAAGCUAAAAUUGGAGCACUUUGACAUAAAAGUUUCUACUCUGCCUACUUUCUGUAAAUAUGAGAUACAGCAUGAUUAAUUUCUCUGUUUUAUCUUAGUUUCAUAGAUAAUUUUCCAUCAGAUAGAACUCUAUGUAGUUCCAGUACCAAAUACUCCUCGCUCAGCCUUUUAUGUGCUGAAUUUUUAAGCAGUGAAAAAUUGUUCAUAUUCUUCAUAUCUUUUUGAAUAAGCUGAAGAAAAACACCGUGGCUGUGUCUAUAUAACCUCAACACAGUCAAUCGGAUUAAGAAAAUUAGACCCUAAGUUGAGAUUAUCUCAACUCUUGACUUGUCCCCUCUGGCUGCCUGUGAGUCUGAAUCUCCCAAGGAACAAAUUUCUAGGAGGGCACUAGAUUGCAGAAGAGUCGGGGACAGCAUUCUCUCAAAGAUCUUAUAUAUUAUAUUGAUGCCAUACUCAGCAGCGAGCUGUUACAUCCAAUUUGAGGAAAUCUCCAUAAUUUUCAACUUGUAAACUUUUUAAGACCUUCCUACAUUCGUUAUAUGUGUGUGAGUUGAGUGGUGUUAUCAAUGUUUUUGUAAAUAUUUACUAUGUUUUUCUAUUUAGCUUAAUUCCAACAAUUUUGUGCUUUAAUAAAAUGUUGUAGACAUUGCAGCCCGUGAUUGUUGCCCAUUUUUCCCCCUGCACUACACUCUUUUCCUUAGUCUAAAAUAUAUCCUUCUUCACUAUUCACUGUAAAAUAGUUUUGAGAACUAUUCUGAUCAUUUUCUGAUGUGCCUGCUCCUGGCCAUAGUGAUAGUUCUGAGAGAGAGGCACCAUGACCUAACUGGGGCCAACCAGGUUUAUUCCUGAGAUUUUUAAACGUGGGUGCUAAAUUCAUCUCUUCCACACUCAAAAGGCAUUGGCCCUACAUCAAUAAAUAACUUUAAAUAUAAACUUAUUUUUUUUUAAUGAUUCCCUACUUUAAUAAUAUUCUGAUAGACUAGUCAACUGCUUGAUGAUAUCGGUAAGUUAUAUUGGGGCAACUGGCUAAUCAUUUAGGGGAAAAAA